AUGGAAAAAGAACUCUCUGUGAUUGAUGGGAUUCUAGCAAAUCUUGCGGGGAUCCAGUCAUUUUAUGAGUUUGAGUAUACACAUCUCAGUACAUUUCUUCAAAUGUUGAAUCAUUUUCAAUCUGAAUCCUUAACUACCAAAGAAUUAUCAAAGGCCAACGAAGUCUUCAAAAAUAAAAGUGGUGCUGAAAUCUCAGAAUUUAAAGUGAAACUCCAAGGUGUUGAGAAGAAGAUCAGGCAAAUUAAGAAUGAGAUAUCGUCAAGAACUGAAUCAAGAAAGAAACUAAUCGAUUUAUUUAAUGCUUUAAAAUCUGUCGAUUUUUGUGAUACCAGCUCCUCCUCAGCUCAUCUUGUACAGCCUGAUAACUUUGACCAGGUAGCAGAUGGUGGAAUCUCACUUCCAAUAAUGGAGAUUAGAGAAGAUUUGAAUGAUGAUGGUGAAGUUAUUGGUAGCGAGGUUAAACCAUAUCAAUCACACGAGAAUCAGCUCAAAAAACUUUUGGAGUCUAAAGUAGACUUUAAAACUGGCAAUUCAGCCUAUGAGAAAGAUGGUUCCAACCAAACCAAGGAAGAAGAACAUAAAAUUGAGGAAAUUGUUGAUGAAGAUGGGGUGGUUGUCAAAAGUUCGUUUAGGUUUUUAGGUAAGAAAGAUGGCAAGCCUAAAAAACCAGAAAACACGGUUUCCGAAAAAGAGACAAAGGGGGAAUUAGAAAGCAAUACAAAAAAUCUGGAGACAGAUGUUACUUCUUCUAAUUCAAAGUUAACUGAAAAUCAUCAGAGAAACUAUCGUCCUUUUAUGAUUCGAGAAGAAAUCGAUGAAGACGGAAAUAUUAUUAAUAGUUCUAUGUCUCAAAUUCCUGAAAUUGAAGAUAAAAAUAGUGAUGAAAUUAAGAGAACUGAAAGUAAUGAAGAAGUAAAUGAGGACCAAUUGGCCGAACUUUUCGAAGAUAUGGGUUUGGAAGUUCCCAGUGAGAAGAAGGAAGAGAAGAUUGAAGAGAAGAUUGAAGAACUGAAUGAAGAGACAUCAAAUGAAGCAGCUGAUAUCAAUAACAACGUUGAAGAGAACCAUGCGGACACUGGAAUACCCAGUAUACCACAAGAAUUAGCUAUUCAACCUAAUGAGUUGUAUACCUUAGAAAUGAUUGCCGAUCAGUUGAAUCAAACUGAAUGUGAAGACGAAAAUGACGUUGUAGAAGAUGGAAAAGAUUUUGUCAAUGAUGAUAAUGUUGAGGAUUUUGAAUGGCCAAAAAUAAAUGAUGUAGAAGACGAUGAUGAGGUUGACAUGGAUUCCGAAGAAAUUCAAAAACGUACAUUGUCUAAUAUGUUUGGCUCUAGAGGGCAGAAUCUAUUUACACAAAAACUAAUGGAUUUGAGAAGAACUCAAUCUGGAAACAAUUCUUCAAAUAUCGAAACCAACAGUGAGACAGUUAAUCAGGUAACUUCUUCCAGCAAUGUGGUAAAACCAAAAAAAUCCACAAAAAAGUCAGUUAAAUUUAACUCCGAAAUAGAUGUAAAGAAUGUUCCUGAUAUUUGGGAUGAUAUUAGAAAAUCUAAUGCGGAUAACGAACUAUUAGAUAAAGAGAGGAAAAAUGUUUCUCUUUUCAAACGUUCAGUCUCGGAAAAGGCGGAAUUAGUAGAGAAUGAGCAUAUUGCAAAAGAAAAUACUCGGGUGAUUGAGAAGAAAUUAAAAGAAAACAUUCCUGUGAUUUCAGAUAUAGUCGAAAGACCAAUUGUAGAAACUACGCUCAAAACAAACAAAUCAAACGGGAUCUUCAAGAUGUUUGAUUCAACUUCGGUAAGAAAACAGGUUGAUCAUCAAAUGCCUGAUGUUAUUGAAAAGCAAAAUCUAACUAAAUUAGCUGGUAAGAAAUCACCUUCUAGGUUUAAAUUGGCUAGAGUGGCUGAAAUGGGAAAGAAGUAUCAAAGGACACAUGUUCCAGUUGAGGGUCGUAAAAGUUUGUCUGAUGCUACUAAAGAAAGUUUGACCCAUGAUGGCAAGCAUAAAGAUAGUGAAAAACUUAGAGAUGAAGAUAAAGACAAUGCAAUACGUACACCAAAUGCUGUACUUAAAAAGAACUUAAAUUCAUUGACUGUUCAGGAAAACAAAAGUUCUGGUAGCGUACAAAUUCAAGUCCCAAAAGACACCAAUCCACUACUUGCAAACCCCAGCUUAGAUGAUGAAGAUUACGAAGUUGUUAGAAAUGAAGCAACAGAAACAUUAUUUGAUGAUGAUGAUGACAUGAUUGAAGAAGAAUUUGUUGCCUCAGACAGAACAAUUGCUGAGAAAUACAUUGCUGAGACUGCUAAGCAAGAUGCAGUUUUAGAUCUGGGAGAAUCCGAUAAGGAGUCGACAUUUUUUCCUGAGUACAAAAAUAAGGAAAAAAAUAUGAACGGUGGCAAUACUGGGCAGAAAGUGGUUGAAUCAACCCUUGACUACAAAAGUUUAUCUGAAGACUUGGAUACUAUGGCAAAGGCUUACGUCUUGGGACUAUAUGAUGAUGAUUUGGAAACCCAGGGACAAGUGAUUGAAGAGUUAAAAGAUUUUGAGCGCCAUAAUGAAAUCGUUGAACAGCGUAGUGAGAGCAAACUACAUGGGCGUGUCCAAGAGAUAAACAAGAAUGUUGAAGGCUAUAACGAAAAACUAAAAGGGAUAGCGGAAAAUGAUGAUACAAUGGUCGUUAAUGAUAUAGUUGAAAAUGAUAUGAAAGAAGUAUUGGAAACUAAUGCUAUACCUGAUGAUGAUCUCGACAUUGAAUUAAAUGAUGAAACAAUGGCUACACAAGUUGCAUUGGACUAUACUAAGAUGAGAGCAAGCAUGAUACAUAAAUACAAAGGUGGCUUUAAGGAGACUGAUAAGGAAAAGGAAUUUGUUCGGCCAGAGGGAAGUGAACGUGUAUCACGGUUUAAAGCUGCAAGGUUAGGUAUUUGA